AUGAAUACGAAAGUGAAACUAAAAGAAGUGUACGAAAUCAAACAACAGUACAAAGCGUUCUACACCGGCGGUACAGUGGCGUGGAAGUCCGAUGGACAGCAAUUUUUUUGCCAAAACAAUGGUACCAUAAGUAUUGUAUCGAUAGAUAACCUGCACGAACCGGCUACACUUGGUGAAGUACAAACGGACAGCGAAAUUACUGAGGAUGUCAUCUAUACGUUCGCCAUUGGCAACACCGGAGCCAGCAUCGUGUCCGGCCAUCGUUCCGGGUUGCUUAAGAUGUGGGAUGCUGAAACGCAUACAGUUAAGAAAAUGUGGAAAACCAUGCACCAAGGUCCAAUUUCGCGAUUGGUCUUUAAUCCAUCCGACAGUGUGAUUGCUAGUGGAGGUGCUGAUUCAACAAUUCGCCUAUGGGAUCCCACGGAACAGGUGUGUCAUGGAACGCUGCGUGGCUGCGAAGGGAUGAUAAACGUGAUCGUGUUCCAUCCAGACGCGGACAGCAAAAUCUUGGUUGCAGUCGGUGACGAUACGAAGAUUCGCGCCUGGAACUAUGAGUCGCGCAAGUUGAUCAAAACGUUCGAAGGACACUUUUCGCGCGUAACGGGUGUAUCGUUUACCGAGGAUCGAACGCACAUCGUUUCAUCGGGCAGAGAUAAAAUUCUCAUUCUGUGGAAUUACGAUACGCAGCAAGCGGUUAAGACGAUCCCAGUUUACGAAGCGCUUGAGUCGGUCGUUGUUCUACCGACCGGUAUAAAGAUUGCAGGCAUUAAACUGAAGAAAGACAAAAUUUAUGCCGCGUGCGGAGGAGAAGAUGGUCUGGUAAAGGUGUGGGAAAUGACUAAAGCAAAAAUAAUUUACAAGCAAUCGAAUAGUCUCGUAGCGAAAGCGUCCGAAGAAGGCGGAUUGGCAAUAACUCAUCUGUUCUACAGUCAAUCCCUCGGUCGGAUGGCCGUAGUGUCAGCAGAUCAUAACAUUUUUGUGCAUGGUUGCGAAAGCUUCGAAUGUGUUAACCAGCUGUCUGGGUUCAGCGAUGAAAUCCUGGAUUUGGUACUGCUCGGAAAACAGGAUCGAUACCUCGCGAUGGCUACGAACAGUAGCGACUUCAAAGUGUACGACACUACCACAAUGAACUGUCAGCUGGUAAAGGGUCACACAGACAUUGUACUAUCGCUGGCCGCUAACGAUCGGUAUCUGCUGUCCUCGUCGAAAGAUCAUUCGAUCCGGUUGUGGAGUUUUAGCGAAGAACCGUUUACUAUUCGCUGUGUCGCAAUUGGACUCAAACACACGAACGUGGUUGGAUGCGUUACACUGAGCAAGCAUGCUGGUAAUCUGUGUGCCAGUGUCAGUCAGGACCGUUGUUUAAAGACGUGGAAAAUUCCUAAAAAGUUCAACCAAGAACCAGAAGACGAACUACCCCGGCUGCAGUGCGCGCUGACCGAGCUGGCCCACGAGAAAGACAUCAAUUGCGUGUGUAUUUCACCAAACGAUCGUUUGAUAGCGACGGGGUCGCAGGACAAAACAGCAAAACUGUGGGAUGCAAGCGAUCUUAGCGUGGUUGGCGUAUUCCGGGGCCACACGCGCGGAAUUUGGGCGGUGCGGUUUUCUCCGGUAGAUCAAAUUCUGCUCACCAACGCGGCUGAUUGUUGCAUCAAGCUGUGGUCACUGGAAGACAUGACCUGUCUGAAGACGUUCGAAGGGCACGACAGUUCGGUGCUGCGCGUUGAAUUCCUUACCAACGGCAUGCAGCUACUAUCGGCCGGCGCCGACGGGCUGUUGAAACUAUGGUCGAUCAAAACUUCCGAAUGUUUGCAGACACUUGACCGACACGAAAAUCGUAUCUGGGCGUUAUGUGUGACGCGCAACGAAAGCGCGUUCUACAGCGGUGGUUCAGAUUCCCAGCUCAUCCAGUGGCAGGAUGUUACCGAAAGCAAACGCCAGCAGGAACUAGACCAACGCAAAGAGACACUCCUACAGGAGCAGGAACUCAGCAACCUGCUAAGCGAACGAAAGCUUCUGAAAGCGUUGCGCCUUUCGCUAAACCUCGAUCGACCACUGAACACGCUAAAGAUCGUGAACGAGGUAAUCAAAACGCAGGAGCAUGGUUUGGAGGAAACGGUCCGCAAGUUGUCCAACGAUCACAAGGAACGACUGCUACGGCAUGCGAUCGAGUGGAACACGAACAGCAAAAAUUGCCGACCCGCACAGCUAGCGUUGCACGUUCUGCUGCAGGAAGCGCUCGCUGGACGGUUUCAGGUGAGCGAACUUAACAAACACCUCGAGGCCUCGCUCCCGUACACUGAGCGACACUUCAAGCGACUCACCGAGUACAUGAAAGAUCUAAAGUUUGUCGAGUAUUCGCUAAACUGCAUGCAACCUCAUGCUGCCAAGAUGGAUUAA